CUAAUAUGCAUGCACUAAGACCCUGGAUCAUUAUCAUCUCACUGUUGUCACCACAUCACCACCAAACCCACCUCACCAUAACAGAAUCGACAUCAUUGUCGUCGCUAAUAGGACUGCCUGAUCGGAGGUUGUCUAACCCUGGAUGUACAUCCGACGCUUGUUGGUGGGGUAGAGGCUUGAAAUGGAGUUAGGAGAUAUGGGAUGAACGAGGGGAGAUGUAUAAAGAGAACAGAAGGGUCCGUCUUGAAGCUUCCCUUCCACAUCGACCGACACAUCAUUCACUUUAAAAAAACAUCAAACAAACAUCAAACAAACAUCAAACAAACAUCAAAACAACACAUCCACAUACAACUUUCGAAAAUGCCUCGUCUUCCAACUCGCAAAUUGGGCAAGUACGGCCCCGAAGUUGUCGCUCAAGGCUUUGGAACCAUGGGUUUAAGUACCUUUUAGUGAGUUCCCCAGUUCCUAGUUCCAUAACGAAUAUUUCACACAUUACACCCUCAUCCCAAGUGAACUUACUGACUCUCCGCUAGCGGCAAAGUCGACUCCGAGGAAGAGCGUUUCAAGGUGCUCGACCAAGCCGUUGAGCUUGGGCAAACCAACUGGGACACAGCAGAUAUGUAUGGGGAUUCCGAAGACCUACUUGGCAAAUGGUUCAAACGAACUGGGAAACGUGAUCAGAUUUUCUUGGCAACGAAAUUUGCAAAUAAAAUAGAUGCAGCUGGAAACUUUUCAACUGAUUCCAGUCCGGGGUAUGUGAAAGAAGCGUGUGCGAAGAGUUUACAAAGAUUGGGGGUUAAAACCAUCGAUUUGUAUUAUUGUCAUCGGGUAGAUGGGAAGACACCUAUUGAGAAGACAGUGGAGGCCAUGGCUGAGUUGAAGAGGUGAGUUUGUGCAGGGUACCAUCGAGAUACGGCAUGUUGAAGCCAUGCUAAUAUAUGUGUCAACAGAGACGGAAAGGUCAAAUAUCUAGGACUCUCAGAAGUUAGCGCUAAGACGAUCCGACGUGCAGAGAAGGUCCAUCAUAUUGAUGCUGUCCAAAUUGAAUACUCUCCAUUUGCAUUGGAUAUUGAACAGAAUGAUGUUUUGAAGACUUGCCGCCAGCUGGGCAUCGCUAUCGUUGCUUAUUCACCCCUCGGCCGGUAUGUCCUCAACAAAUGUCCUCCCAUAUAAGUAUCAACUCCAUGCUGACCUAUCUGCAGUGGUUUUCUCACAGGUCAAUACAAAUCCCCAGCCGACUUCGAGCCCACCGACUUCCGUCGCAUCCUCCCUCGUUUCUCCGCAGAGAACUUCCCCAAGAAUCUUGUUCUGGUAAACGAUUUGGCGAAAAUCGCCUCUGCGAAAGGUGUCACAUCAGGACAAUUGACAUUAGCGUGGCUGGCUGCUCAGGGAGACGAUGUUAUCUCGAUCCCUGGAACAAAGAAGAUCAAGUACUUGGAUGAAAACGUGGGUGCAUUGCAUGUGCAGCUCAGUAGAGAAGAGGAGAGGGAAAUAAGAACAGCUAUUGAAAAGGUAGUGGUUAGUGGUACGAGAUACCCAGCGGGCAUGAGUGACUCUUGUUUUGCCGAUACUCCCGAGUUGUGAUGCUCUGAUAAUUAUACCUCUUAAGGGAUCUUCAGCUAGUUCAAAGAAGUCGUAAAUUAUCCUAUGUUUCACCAUCCAUAUUUGAGUUCUAUGUGACUUCGGGCCCGUGAGGUUAGCUAUGUUCCAAUGGAUCACAUGAACUGGGCGUAUAGAACAUGGAAAAAGUGUGACAAACCCUCUUCAAGAGAGUGGCGAUGAUGUUUACCAUUGAGGCUGGCUUUUCAAUCCCUCAUUGAUGAAUAAAUCCUCAAAAGCAGCAUCCCAAAAUUGAUGUGACCAUGAAUUCUGCAAACUAACUCAUGUAUUGACAUGUGCGCUCUUCCUAGGGAAUGUAGUCUGGGCCGUCGUGGCCAUUAACACGUUCCUUUCAAAGUUGCCUGGUUGUCAUGCACGUGGCAGGAUUUGUGUGGAGGUGCUGUGGGCACUUGGCGGCUACUGCAUUAGUCGCAUAUCUCAAUGC